CUUGCUCCAGAAGUUGAUAACACAAGUAGUCUUGACUGUUGAGUUGUGAUUUCUUAACCAAUCAUGUGAUUUGAGGUCCAGUUUUCUUCCAAUAUUGCGCCGAGGCCCGAGGUUCCACUCAAAAACACUUCUUCCCACUUGGGUAGAGUGAUAUUCAGAUCAAACCUUGCAUCUUCAUUCUUCAUGACUCCCAUGAUAACUCAGGACGACGAAGGAGAAAGAUGUCGGACUAUUUGCGGCUGGAAUCCAGAUCCUCUAGGAAGCAGAUGCUCCCCUAUUUGCCUCCGGAAGUCAUCGCGCUCAUCCUCAGCCGACUCCCGGCGAAAUCGGCGGUGAAAUGCACCGCCGUAUGCAAGGCUUGGUACGCUCUCAUCAAAGAUCCCUCUUUCAUUUCCGCUCAUCUGCACCAGGCUGCGGCUCUUCAGGACGACUACCUUCUCCUUCACGGUCUAUGUGGUAGGAGUUUGAAUCUGGUUUAUCGUUUGUAUCGCGAAAACGACGCCUUUGGAGAGUACAAGCAGAUCCACCCACCCGUCAAGCUUGGUGGAUCUAGCGUUUUCUUAAUUUGUGGUAUGUGUAAUGGGCUGGUUUGCCUGGCAGGUUUCAACAGUGAUUCUUACAAUAUAAUUUUGUGGAAUCCUUGCAUCCAGAAACAUUUCAUUUUCCCCACACCUGAUUUGCCCUUUGAGGGCCGUUAUAAAUCAGCCAUAGGAUUUGGGUAUGAUUCGGAAUCUGAUGACUACAAGGUACUUCUGGUUAUGCCUCCGGUUGUUGAAGAAGAUUUGACUGAAGUUUGGUUAUUUUCCCUAAAUCGGUGUUCUUGGACGAGGCUUAGUGAAGUAUGUCCCAAGCAUAGUUGUUAUUGUCUUAGCGAGGUGGUGUUUGUGAAAGGUGCUUUGCAUUGGCAUGGAUAUUUGAAUGAUGGCAUGUUCACACAUACUAUGAUUUUGGCUUACGAUCUAUGCACCGAAAAGUUUCAUGUGCUGAAUUAUCCUGAAACUUUGACGAACCAUGAACAUAAAUUGUGCUUGACUAAAUAUGAAGAGUCCAUUGCAGUGGUUGCAACUGGCAUCUUUGAGGUUUUAAAUGAGGAGCGGCUUGAGUUGUGGGUCAUGAAGGAGUACGGUGAAGAUAGUUCGUGGAUGAAGGUGUUACAUUCAACUGGCGAAAACGGAAAGUUCAUUUUUGAUUCAGAAUUGUUUUAUGUGUUAGGGGUUAGGAAGAAUGGGGAACUUUUAUUGAUAGUGAGAGGGGACUUUGGGCAUGAUUUCAGGCUAGCUACACUGGAUUUGAACUGCCACACGCAUAACCACCAGCUCAAGGGUCUUGGUCUUGUUGGUGACAUCGACAUAUAUGCCUCAUAUUUUGGUAGCAACGUGGAGAGUCUGGUGUUACUUGGCAGCGGGGAAGAAGAUACUAAAGUGAAAUGACAUUAAUUAGCUCGUAAGUGCUCCAUCCCUUACUGCAUGACCUCUGCAAUUACUUGAUUUGAAUUGGAAUGGGAAUGUGCUAGUCAUAUAUAUAUACUAAGGAAAAUUUCUGUUUCACUUGUAAAGGAUAAUGUGCUCAUGUUUGAAGGCUACCUGUUAAUGACUCAAUGCUUUAAGGCUGGUGUAUUUUU